UGGGAAGAGAGAGAAAACCAAUGAUGAAAGAGAGACACACAAACAUUAUAUACAUCCACAGCCAUAGGAUUGGAUUGGAUUGGAUGAUAGGCUUAUCUGUGAUCACCAAGCUCAUCCACACUUCAUUUUAACACUAUAAGCAUACAACCCCUAACCUUCUAGCUCCUGCACACAACCAUGGCUUCUACAGCCUUCUCCAUGGCCAAUGCUUCUCUCCAGGUCAAUGGUAAGGGCUUCUCGGAGUUCGCCGGCCUUCGCAGCUCAUCUGCAUCUCUUCCUUUCGGAAGGAAAGGUUCCGAUGAUUUCGUCUCAAUGGUUGCCUUCCAGACAACUCUUGUGGGUGGAAGCAAGACUCCUAAGGGAGUGACGGAAGCAAAACUGAAGGUGGCAAUCAACGGAUUCGGGCGUAUCGGAAGGAAUUUCUUGAGGUGUUGGCAUGGCAGGAAGGAUUCACCUUUGGAUGUCAUCGCCAUUAACGACACCGGCGGUGUCAAACAAGCAUCCCACCUUCUCAAGUACGAUUCCACUCUCGGCAUCUUUGGCGCUGAAGUCAAACCUUCCGGCGACAACGCCAUUUCCGUUGACGGCAAGAUCAUCAAAGUCGUUUCCAGCCGCAACCCCUCCGACCUCCCAUGGGCGGAAUUGGGCAUUGAUUUGGUAAUCGAAGGAACCGGAGUUUUUGUCGACAGAGAUGGAGCUGGGAAGCAUCUUCAGGCCGGAGCCAAGAAGGUUCUAAUCACUGCGCCUGGAAAAGGUGACAUUCCUACUUAUGUCGUCGGAGUCAACGCCGAACUUUACAGCCAUUCGGACACGAUCAUCAGCAACGCCUCCUGCACCACUAACUGCCUCGCUCCUUUCGUCAAAGUCAUUGACCAAAAAUUCGGAAUCAUAAAGGGAACAAUGACCACAACUCACUCCUACACCGGAGACCAAAGGCUGCUCGACGCCAGCCACCGUGACCUCCGACGUGCAAGAGCUGCAGCACUGAACAUCGUCCCAACAUCCACCGGAGCAGCAAAGGCCGUCGCGCUUGUGUUGCCGUCACUGAAAGGGAAGCUCAACGGUAUUGCUCUCCGUGUGCCCACACCCAAUGUCUCCGUCGUGGACUUGGUGGUUCAGGUUUCCAAGAAGACCUUCGCUGAGGAGGUCAACGCGGCGUUCAGGGAGGCUGCUGACAAUGAGUUGGCUGGUAUUCUGGCGGUGUGCGACGAGCCUCUGGUGUCUGUUGACUUUAGAUGCAGCGACGUGUCAUCGACUGUUGACUCGUCGUUGACCAUGGUUAUGGGAGAUGACAUGGUGAAGGUGAUUGCAUGGUACGAUAAUGAAUGGGGUUACUCGCAAAGGGUGGUGGAUUUGGCUGACAUUGUUGCAAAUAACUGGGAAGAUUGA